AUGAAAGAAAUAGAAGAAAGACAAGAAUUUCUCCAGGAAAUAGAACAUUUAAAUGAACAUAAAUUAAAGCAAAGAAUCAAAGAUGAAAUUAUAGAAAGAGUUGCUGAAUUAUAAAAAGUUUAAGAUUUAAAAAGACAAUAUUGCAAUUGA